AUGACAGAGUACUUGCUGAAAAUACUGAUUGUAGGCGAUGGGAAUGUGGGGAAGUCUUCCUUUGUGCACCGAUAUGUCAGUGGACAGUUCAACAAAUCCUACAAGAUGACGGUAGGAGUGGAUUUCUCCAUUAAGAUGCUGCACUGGUCUGACAGAGAAAAGGUGAAUGUUCAGCUUUGGGAUAUCGCAGGCCAGGAACGCUUCAUUUCCAUGACCAGGCUGUAUUAUAAGGGUGCAGUCGGCUGCGUUGUCAUGUUUGACGUCACAAACUCAUCCAGCUUCCUCAACUGUCGCCUGUGGAAACAAGACCUGGACAACAAGGCCAUGCUGCCCAAUGGAGGCUCCAUCCCCUGCAUCCUGCUGGCAAACAAGUGUGAUCUUUCUCGUUGGGAGGUGUCAGCAGAAAGCAUAGAGAAGUUCUGCAGAGCCAAUGGCUUCGUCACAUGGAUGGAAACUUCUGUCAAAGACAACAAGAACAUUGCAGAGGCUAUGAGGAGGCUGGUGAAGGAGAUUUUAUCUAUUCAGUCCGGUUGGAAUCCGCUGGAACCCAAACGUGACGACCGUGUUGACCCAGAGCAGGAGUCAGAACUCAGCAACAGUGCAGGAUCCGGCUGCUGCUGA